CGAGAACAAUCCCAAACCUUAGAGUUGCAUGUAACCUUAUUUUCGCGGGAACGUAAUUUCCGCUUAGCUUGUUUGUAAACAAAUAAUUAAAAAUAAAUUCCACUAACAGAAAAUGGGCGAAAAGGAAAAGGAAGAUUCAUCACUACUUGGAAAGUACUGUGUGGACCUUGAUGUACCAGCGUCCAUUAAAUCAAAGGCGUUACAGUUGUGGAAAGAAGUAAAAGAUGUUAGUAGUGAGCAUGACAGUGGAAGUGUUCAAGCACUUCAAUGGAUCCCAGUUGUAAUAUAUGUUGCUGCAAUAGAAUCCAGUCAGCCCUAUGGCCCAGAGGAUCCUCACAGUGAUAAAUCCAGUCCAUGUUGCAGUCUUGGGGCUAUACUGAAGGCCUCAGAUCUCAAUUUUAUAAAGUUUUCGGAGUUGAUGAGGCAGUUCCGUGACCGAGUUGAUCUCAGCGAGGUGGUUCGACAACACUUCAGCAGUGUUGAGAAGAGAUACUGUAUUAUCUCUCCACUAUUCCACAGGUUUGACAGAGAAUGGGGCACUGUGUUCAGAGAAGAAGACCAGGAACAGUCUGUAGAUGAAACAGAAACUGUGCAGGAUCCAAAGAAGCUGUGUUGGCUGCUAUUCUUAAAUGCAAAAGAUGACAUACUGUCUGGAACAGAGGAGUUGAUACAGACCUACCACCUGUUGUUGUGCUGUCUGGAGUUUAUACUGAGAGAUUCACCCGCCUUCUUGUUACACCCACCCUUUGACUCAUUGAAGCUUGAGCACAGUGCCAUAGGAGGGAGCUCUCCAAGUCUCAACUUUGUGCAGAGGCUGGCAGAGAAAUUCCACACAAGUUUAGACGAGCUGCAGGCUAUGCAGACUACCACCCAGACCUACUUUGAGAGUUUGAAGGCAGCAAAUGGAAACCUGGAUGUCACGUAUCUUGAGAACCAGUAUCUCAGUCGACAGAAAGAGUCCGGGGGCCUGGAUGAGUUAUUGUAUCUUCAGCACGAGGCCACACUCAUGCCUAACAAUUUUCAACGUGUGCAAUCAGGUAGCUCCACCCACAAUGGCCUGGAUACCCCAGUGACUCCAGUGCGUGCAGCCAUGAACACUGUACAGCAACUGAAAAACCUCAUCUCCACCAACACUGACCAUCUACAGCCGCUCAGGGAACAUUUCCAGAACUGUGCCAGCAACCCUGAGAGGUCAAUCACAGAUCGAGCUUCACAGAUGAAGCUGAAGUUUCUUUCUCACUACCUGGAGACUUCCGGUAAUGGUCAGGGUGCAGUUGCCGAGCAACGGUACAGGCAGGCAACCAACCUGUACUACCGGGUCAUGAAGAGACUCCUCGACAUUGAGAGGGAAAGGUUGGCGCCUCUAAAGGACUUUAGCAGCCUUCUGAACAACGAUGUCUUUCAUCGCUCAUUGCUCGCGUGUUCAACUGAGAUUGUCCUUACUACAUACAAUGUAUCUUGGUCGAUGACUCACUCAGUUCUGAACAGCGGCGACAGCAAGUUCCAUUUCCCCUGGGUGCUUGACGUGUUUGAGCUGUACGCCUUUGACUUCUACAAAGUACUGGAAAGCUACCUGAAAGCUGAGCCAAAUCUUACUAGGGAUAUUAUCAAGCAUUUGACGUCCAUAGAGAACAGAAUACUUGACAGUGUUGCCUGGCAGUCAGACUCGCCAGUAUUUGAUCUCCUAUCCCGGUGUGGUGCCAUGAGCAGUGCGUAUGUGUCUCCAUGCAAUGACCUCAUUUCUGCAGAAAACAACAACGCAGCCAAGGCAGCUGAAAUCUACAUGUCCCCAAGUCGAGGCCAGGCAACCAAGGGUACUAACCCUGGCCACAUCGUGAUAAUGUCCCCUCGCAAGGGCGGGGUCACAGGUGGGGUCACGAUGGCCUACAGCAAGGACAGCCCUGAGACCCGGGCCCCUGACACACCCAGACGAUCUCACGCACUCACCAUGUUCUUCAACAAAGUGUGUCGACUUGGCUACCACAGAUUAAAAACCUUGGCUGAUCUCUUGCGUAUUACCUCGGAAACUCAACAGAAGAUUUGGACAUGCUUUGAGUUCUGCAUCAUCAGUCGACCAGAACUUCUUAAAGACAGACAUCUAGACCAGAUCAUGAUGUGCUCAGUGUAUGGGAUCUGCAAGGUGUCAGACUGUGAGAUUCGCUUCAAAGAUAUCGUGAAAGAGUACAGCACCAUGUCCCAUGCCAUGUCUGACGUUUACAAGCAGGCUCUGUUGGAGAACGGCACCCAUGACUCCAUUAUCAGCUUCUACAACCGAGUGUUCAUGCAGUGUAUGAAGAACUAUAUUCUGCAGUUUGCAAAACCAGUGCAACCCAACCUGUCCCCAUUGCCAAAGCCAGUAAAUUCAUCACUGAAUUCAUCCCCUGUCUAUAGUAUCCCUGGACGCAAGAAUUUCUACAUUUCACCGCUGAAGGAGUCGCCUUUCAAGCCCCCAAGUUCUCCGAGCAACAUGACACCAAGAUCUCGAAAACUCUACAGCUUUGGUGAACUGCUUGGCUCCGCAGAGAAGCUGAAGAGUAUCAAUGAGUCAAUGGCUGCGUUCAAGUCGAGAGGCAACCUGCCAUACGUAACAACGGUGAGGAGAACAUCAUCCAAGAGGCUCAGCUUUGAUGAGAUGCCCAGCUCUGACAUCAUCAAUGGAAAUGACAUCACUGAGCAGGAUGUGGUUGUGAAGAAGAAAAGAGUGACUCCCCCUGCAGUUGUUUCUCUAUCAGCACCUGGGCAAAGGAAUGGAGAUACUGACAAGGAGAGUAAUAGCAAGUAAUUAUCUUCCCCUGCUGUGUGUAACGGAGAGAAUUCGAAAUCGCAGCUGAUAGACAGAUAGUCUUCUUUUUCUUCUGUACUUCUGAUGUUGGCAAUGUCUUGAAUAUA